UGAGUUAGUGAGGAAGCAGAGCUCUAUUAGUCGUACCAAGUCACCAACCCUCCCACUUUAUACAGGGAAUUCCCUGCAGGGUCCUCCCAGAUAGUGUAGAUCCCUCCUUGUCUCUGGGCGGUGUCCUUCUGUCAUACUACUGGCAGGCUUGCAUUUCUACAUUUCUUUUUUGGCCUUUCUUUUCCAGCACCCCAAGAUUGCCUCUUGCACCCAAGCAACUUUACAAGGCAGAUCUUGGCAAAGCCAGCCCAGCGAGUGUGCUCUGCCUCCCAUUCUAAUCUCUCUCAGCCAGAAUGUUGGAACAUAUAAAGAGAAUGCUGCUUACCCCAACGUUCUGUGAGAGCGGUUCAGAUACCCCCUCCAGGUAUGCUGAGCUCUUCAAUAAACUGGACAUUAACAAAGAUGGCAAGGUGGACAUCACAGAGCUGCAGGAGGGGCUCCGAGCUAUGGGGAUGGCUACAGGCAAAGGCGCAGAAGAGGUAAGAUAUAUUGGAGUGUUUUCUUGAGUUUCUGCAGAUACCCCUGCUGCAGGGAACUUCUGUUGGUGGAUACAGGGCUGUGGCCCUGGAAAAGAGCUGAUCUACCCCCAGGAGCUUGCACUCAAUUCGCAAUCCUUUCACUUAACACAUACAUUUUAAUCAAUUGAUCUAAAAGUCAAACCGUUAAAAACGUUAUAUAAGUAAAAUAAUUUCUCAAAAAGGCAACUGACCUACUACAUCUUGCAUUCCAGAAAAUGGUACAAGAGCCCAAUCUAUUGCAAGAACGUACGUGAAGCUUUGCCAGCGGUAAGGUUUGCAAAGCAUUAUGGGAGUGGUAGUUCUGCAACAGCUGGGGUUGCAUUUGGGAGGAAAUGUGUGAAAGGGUUAAAUGUAGCUUUGCUCAAGGGGUGUGGCCAGGUUGCAGUUAUUGUAAUGUGAAUCCAGAAUAGUGACCUACAGCAAUUAUAGUGCAUACAUACAUGUUUAUUUUUAAACCUGUGUAAUCCAAUAAAUAUCUAGGUUGUCUUGGAGAAGUUGUUAUUGUUACAUUGGCUUACCAACUAAACUAUGAACUGUGUUGAGCUGUCUAAAUCUGUGUCAAAGUAACCAAGUUUAGAUUUUUCCCAACUUGGUUGUUUUGUGCUUUUAUUUUGCAAACUGACUAAGUUUACCACAAAUAAUUUUUAAUUUGAGGGGUGUUCCUAGUGACUUGGCACUGGCUGGCUUGGUUGUUUUCUCCCCCUCCAACAAGUGUUUGUUUCUCCACCAACCCAUCUGCAUGUUUUUUUUUUUUCCCCUUCCCCCUCUGUGCCUUUCUGCGCCUCGCCUUCGGCCCCUGUUUGCACCUUUUACCCUCGGCCCCUCUGUGUGUGCCUCUUUGCGCUUCCCCCUCGGCCCCUCUGUGUGUGCCUCUUUGCGCCUCCCCCUCCUCCUGUGCCUGCUCAGCCUCGCCUCCAGGUCUGGCCUUAGGCCAUUAAGCACCCUGUGCGAAAAGUCUUCAUGGCGCCCCACACCAAGAUUCCUGUAUACAGUUACAGGCAGACAGUCACACAUGCUCAGUUACAGGCAGACAGUCACACAUGCUCAGUUACAGGCAGACAGUCACAGAGCCAAACACACAGUUAAAGGCAGACAGACACACACAGACAGUCAUGCACUAUGAUAGGCACACACACACUGUUAAAGGCAGAUAGUCACACAUACAGGCACAGCUAGUGCGACACACACAAUUGGAGUUACACAAAGGCACAGUCACACACACAAACACACAGAGGCAGGCAGACAGUGGCACGUACAUGAACAAGCAAAAAGUCACACACAAAGGCAGACACAUGAACAGGCAAACAGUAACACACACACAGACUUACCUCUUUCCAUUAUGGCUGGAAGGGGGAGUGGAAGCAGGGGCGCCUUCCUGCUUCCCUCUUCCUGUGCAGCUUCGGGUAUGUAUAGGCUCCUCCCCUGCCAUUAAUUUAGCCCCGCCUUGCCGCUCAUUUAGCCCCGCCCCCUCCACUGAUAUUAUUAUUUAUUUAUUUAUUUAUUUAUUUUGAAUAAUUAAUCCUCCACCCGGGUACCUGUUUUAGCUCCCCUGUCAGCCGGCCAUGUGCGAGCUGUCGGCUGUCAGGGCGCCCCCGGUCUAUGGCGCCCUGUGUGGCCGCACAGCUCGCACACCCCUAAGGCCGACUCUGCUCGCCUGCCACCAUGUAGCAUGGCCGAGUAGGUGGUCCGCGGUGGAGAAGCCUCUGUUUCCUCUACCCUGUCUGACAGUAAGUAGUUUGUUCUCAGUGAGCACUUCCUGUCAGACCGCAUAAAGAAAACAGACUCUUCCGCGGUCUGCCUGCUCGGCCACGCUACAAGGAGUGACCGGCAGGAGAGGAGCGCUUUGCAGUGUGCUCCCCUCAUGCCGGUUAGCCGGAGAUCGCACCGCAUUGGCCACAGUGCCAAACGUAAUGGCACCCCCCUAAUAUGUUUCAUCUUGAGCGGACCGCCCUCCUGUUAGUACACUACUGCCUACAGCCAUCACUGGUGAUGGGUAGGGGAAGUGACAAGCUUGACAAAAGAGAACACCCCUUUCUGUCAGCUGGAGCAAAAUAUACUGAGACAAAGUAGUACCUACUCUCUUAGUAUGUCUUACUGGGCUGGAAUUUCAGUGAAAUUACCAUACCGAAUAAAAUAAUAAAAAUAGAAAUGGUGCACAAAUCCCUAUUUUAGUGUUUACUUAUACAUCACAUAGAAUUUUCUUGUUCUUUAAAACAAAUUAAAAAAAAAAAAAAACACAAUUAACAGUGCAAUUCUGUUAGAAAAAUUCCUUCUAAAACACUGCAUUGCUACUCGCAAGUAAUGAUUGGCUAUGUGUGCCACUCAAACAGCACCGUUCUGGGAGGAUCAGACUCUUAUGUUUUAGUGGGUUUAUAGCAGAAAUCCAACUCGCUCUUUUCCAGUGAAAUAACUUUCUAUUGCAGUAUAGAAAACUGCUACAAAGUUAGUGCAUAAAGAUCAGCUGCUCUGUAGGAAUACAAUGUAUCUGGUCACUCAUAACAACCCGCUACAGUACCAAAAUAAAGAUACAAAGUAUAUUUACACUCCCACAGAAAAGCUAUGUGCAACCUGAUUGUCUUAGUGACAGCCCAGGAGUUGUUUCUGCCUCAAAUUAUAAAGAUGCCAAUAUUUAUUGAUAUAAGCACUUUUAUUAACUGUCAAUAAUAUGACCGAUACCAGACACAAAACACUUCAGCAAGGUAAAUGUUCUCGGGUGUACUUUCAGGCCUCCUCAUUUAACAGGUGCCCUACCAGAAAAGAUAAAUGGUUUAAUUAACUAAAAGAAAAAUUUUUGUUUCUCUUAAGUAGAGAAUAUUUCAGAAACAGUCAGUCAUUGAAAGGAGCCUUUCUUGAAGUUGCACUGCCUUUUAUUUUCCAUUUAUUGCCUUUUUCUUUUUGCACUGGAUCUCAUUAUGAGUGCAGCCAUUUUGAAUACCUCUGUCCAUGAUGUCUGCAGUUUGCCCUUUGUGGGAUUUUGACAGAUGGUUUAUGGGUAAAUUAGCUUAGCACCUGAAAUUGAAUUUUGCUUCAGCUCUGCCCAUUGCAAAAAGAUCCAUCCACCUUUUUUUUUUCUUGCGUAUAACCAAACAAUAAUUUCACCUGAAAAUCGAAUGGGGAGACAGGAGGGGGUCCGAAUGUAUUCAUUUAAAGCAAAAAGUGGAAAGGCCACAUUAACAUCUUAAAUAGCUCACAACUUUUUGAGGGGGCUCUGGGGUAGAGGGUAAUUGAGUGUGUGUGUUUUGCGUUUGCUUUCUGCACUGUAUAAAGACAUUUCUCUGACCCCACAAUUUUAUGCUGUGAUACAUACAUGUAUCCUCUCUCCAUUCUUGCUUAUUUGUAUGAGGCAUUUUCUCUGUAACAUAACCAUUUUUGUAGUCCCUUGUUUUUUGCUUUCCAUAAUAAUAAAGGUAACCAUAUAGACACCCAGACAACUUAAUCUCAAUGAAGUGGACAUGGUGCCAUAUCCCCUUUGCUUUAACCCUGCAAGUGAACACAUUGCCAUUCUGCAGGAACUGCAAUAUUUACAGUGCAGGGUUUUAAAACUCUAUUUCAAUAAGAUGAUCUCAGAGACCAUCUGAUAUGCACAGUGCAGAGUUUUGCCACGCAUGCGCACUAGACUUCCAGUGCUUUGCUAUGGGAAGGAAUUGGAUUGGCUGAGAUCCUCGAUUAAUUAUCUUAGCCAAAGAGGUGUGUCCCGAAGCAGGAGACCAACACAGCAAGGGUUGAGGGGUAAGUAAAUCUCACCAUUCAAGCCCUCAUAACUAGAUUACACUAUAGUGUUAGGCAUGCUAAUCUGUACUGUAAACACUAUAGUGUUACUUUAAAGUGGGACUAAAGAGUGAUAAGUACAGUAGAACUAAUAUAAAACAGACCUCGACAUCCCGUUCCAACAGUUCGACAAACUCCAGGACACUCGAGCAUUGGUUGUUGUUUUUGUGUUUUUUUUUUAAUAAUAAUGGCACAUGCAUGCCUCUGGCUCACCUACAGCAAUGCCAUACCCCAUAGUGGAGCGCAGCAGAUGAGCAUGGAAGUCAAGCUCAUUUGUAUAACACACAGUGGCUGUGCUAGUGCAGUUUAGCAUACAGGUAAUGCUCGAAAAAUUAGAAUAUCGUGCAAAAGUUAAUUUAUUUCAGUAAUGCAACGUAAAAGGGGAAACUAAUAUAUGAGAUAGGCGCGUUACAUGCAAAGCAAGAUAGUUCAAGCCGUGAUUUGUCAUAAGUGCGAUGAUUAUGGCUUACAGCUCAUGAAAACCCCAAAUCCACAAUCUCCGUAAAUUAGAAUAUUGUGAAAAGGUGCAAUAUUCUAGGCUCACAGUGUCCCACUCUAAUCAGCUGAGUAAGCCAUAACACCUGCAAAGGGUUUCUGAGCCUUUAAAUGGUCUCUGCCUGGUUCAGUAGGAAUCACAAUCAUGGGGAAAACUGCUGACCUGACAGUUGUGCAGAAAACCAUCAUUGACACCCUCCAUAAGGAGGGAAAGCCUCAAAAGGUAAUUGCGAAGGAAGUUGGAUGUUCCCAAAGUGCUGUAUCAAAGCACAUUAAUAGAAAGUUACAUGGAAGAAAAAGGUGCACAAGCACCAGGGAUGAACGUAGCCUGGAGAGGAUUGUCAGGAAAAGGCCAUUCAAAAGUGUUUGUGACUUUCACAAGGAGUGGACUGAGGCUGGAGUCAGUGCAUCAAGAGCCACCACACACACGGAUCCUGGACAUGGGCUUCAGAUGUCGUAUUCCUCUUGUCAAGCCGCUCCUGAACAACAAACAACGUCAGAAGCGUCUUACCUGGGCUAAAGAAAAACAGACCUGGUCUGUUGCUCAGUGGUCCAAAGUCCUCUUUUCUGAUGAGAGCAACUUUUGCAUCUCAUUUGGAAACCAAUGACCCAGAGUCUGGAGGAAGAAUGUAGAGGCACACACUGCAAGAUGCUUGAAGUCCAGUGUGAAGUUUCCACAGUCUGUGUUGAUUUGGGGGAACCAUGUCAUCUGCUGGUGUUGGUCCACUGUGCUUCAUUAAGUCCAGGGUCAAUGCAGCAGUCUACCAGGAGAUUUUGGAGCACUUCAUGCUUCCUUCCGCAGACAAGCUUUAUGGGGAUGCUGACUUCAUUUUCCAGCAGGACUUGGCACCUGCCCACACUGCCAAAAGCACCAAAGCCUGGUUCAAUGACCGUGGGAUUACUGUGCUUGAUUGGCCAGCAAACUCUCCUGACCUGAACCCCAUAGAGAAUCUAUGGGGCAUUGCCAAGAGAAAGAUGAGAGACAUGAGACCGAACAAUGCAGAAGAGCUGAAGGCUGCUAUUGAAGCAUCCUGGUCUUCCAUAACACCUCAGCAGUGCCACAGGCUGAUAGCUUCCAUGCCACACCGCAUUGAGGCAGUAAUUGCUGCAAAAGAGGCCCAAACCAAGUACUGAGUCCAUAUGCCUGCUUAUUCUUUUCAGAGGUCCGAUAUUGUUCUAUGUACACUCCUUGUUUUAUUGAUUGCAUGUAAUAUUCUAAUUUACUGAGAUUGUGGAUUUGGGGUUUUCAUGAACUGUAAGCCAUAAUCAUCGCACUAAUGACAAAUCAUGGCUUGAACUAUCUGGCUUUGCAUGUAAUGUGUCUCUCAUAUUAUUUUUUUAAAAAAAUUUUUAAAUUAAAUUUUUUGUAAUUAUUUAUUUUUGUUGCGCGGGUAGGUACAAUGUUUUCACAAAUGCCACAACAGCGUACAUCAACAUAUAUCCAUAUAUAAAAAGCGUAGGACAGUGGCCUGCGUGUUUGCGCAUUUGUUUUUUAACAUAAGCGGGGUUAGAUUAUUGCUCGUAAUACAUACAUCAUUUAGCAUUACUAGAGUGACUUGGCUAGGUGUUAGCCCGGUAUAUGCUUUAGGGUGUUGUAGUUGCUUACAGAAAUAUAAUCUCACUAAAGUGGCUAAUUUUAUUAGACUAGGCAGCAAUUCUGAGUGACCUCCUAUCUUAUAUGCCGUGGUAAGAGCGCAACGGGUUCCAUCAAGUUAAUGCUAAGAUACGUUCAUGUGUGGGGCUGUACAGAUAAAAUAAUCAUCGCUGGUAAAUUUUAAGUACAGCAGCUAUCUGUAGCUACACAGAGCAUUAAGUGCAACAGGUGGCGUAGUAGGUGCUUGUAUAAGGUAGUGUCCGUCUGAUUUAAACUCAAUAUAACAAUGCCGCAUAAAAGUAAAAAUUAGCAUUGUGCUUGCGUUGUCACAUCAGCUAGGUUCAGGUGAGUAAUUAAACAAACAUCAGCAGUGGCAUCAAGUAUAACUGGUCUAUCUCUUGUAUUAGUUUCCCCUUUUACAGUGCAUUACUGAAAUAAAUGAACUUUUGCACAAUAUUCUAAUUUUUCGAGUAUCACCUGUAUAAUGUAAUAUACAGAUUACGUAAAAGCCCACAUAUAUAAAAAUAAAUACAGUUUUACAUUUUAUAAGCCUACUUAAAAUUGCCUAUCUCUGCGAACAAAUGUGGAAAUUCAGGUCUACCAUAUGGCUAUAUUGUGCUAAGCCCACCACUCUGUCACAGUACCCCAUUAUCGGUGGGUCCUAUAUUAAUCUUAACAUGGGAGACAAAUUAAAUAGUACUAAAUAAGCUAAAGUGUAUUUGAACUUGCAUAAUCUAUUUGACCCUUAUCUACCUACUCCCAGCAAUAUAUUCCCAUCCUUACAAAGGAAUUAAGUUGAUCUGCUCAUCCUUUCUGGUACUUAUGGGAUAAACUAGCCAAUACACUGAAUUGAUAGAGAAAACUGAUACAAUUCUGGUUAGUUAUUACCCCAUCGUUUAAUUGUGACCGGUGAGUUUUAUCCUUGUGACUAACAAAGAGACUUUGCACAGUUUAUAAAACUUUCCCCUACACUAUCAAUCAGGAGUAAUGUAGAUAUGAUAAAAGUGCAUGCACAGUUUCAUGAACAUUCAAAACCUUUGUGUACCUGAGAAAUUUCACAAAGGCCAAGCCAAACAGCAAUGGCUAUCGUAAAGCAGCUCUGUCACUUUCGAGGGGUCCUUCCAUAUUUUUCAAACACCCUCGAAAGUGAUAUCCCUGCUGUGUGUGCCGCAGCUUGGUCUGAAUCUCAAGGUAGGUAUAUACUUAUGCAAAGUUCUCCCUGCUGCCAUUUUUUUUUUUUUUUGUUCAGCACCUGGUAUUUAAUCUUCCAUAGAGCCUUCUGCGCUUUUCUACUGGUGCACAAACAAGAAUAUAACAAAUCUAUGGAUGAACCUGAUCCUAAAAGAUCCACCAUAGACUAACCGACCGUGCACGUGAGAAGAUUCUUUUCCACAGCUAUCUCUAAAGAGUUAAUUUUUUUUUUUUUUUUUACUUUUGUAAAUCUGUUCUGUGUCGAUAAGACCGAGUCAGUAAUACUUACCUGAUGCUGUCCCCCUCAGGUACAUGAUCUUUAACUCCUGGUGCUUCAUUAGCAAGGAGUCCACGUUCAUGCUGUACUGUCGCAUAUGUGUCCGAGAGUGCUACACUGAUGUCUUAUGGUAUCUUUCAGUUGUGCUGGAAUUUUAUUUGCAAAAAAAAAACAUUUGGUUCAAACCUGUUUUUCCUGCUAAGGGAACCUUUUACAUUUGUUAAAUAGGCAUCUGGAAGAAUCUGUCCUGCAAGAUGCCAAGAUAUUUCUUGGCUAACAUGCUUGGAAAAGACUGUUUGUACAAACAAUGUUUUCAUAGAUCAAAUGUUUGCAUUUUUUUUACCUUUUCAAUACUGACUUAAAGGGACACUAUAGACACCAGAACAACUACAGAUGAAUGUCGUUUUUCUGGUGAGUAUAGUCCAUCCCUGAAGGCUUUCUGCUGUAAAUACUAUCUCUUUUCAGAGAAACCGCCUAGGAUCUCAAUGAAGUGGUCAUGGUGCCAUAUCCCUUUUGCUUUAACCCUGCAAGUGAACACAUUACCAUUCUGCAGGAGUUGCAAUAUUUACAGUGCAGGGUUCAUCAGUACAUUUUAGUGAUCACCGGAAAAUACUUUCUCCAGUGGCCACUUGUCAGAUGGUGUAAUACUCUCGUGAGAAAAUUUAUUUGAAACUCAACCGCAGGUGAAAAAUCUAAUUGGAUUUUAAGAAAAUGUUAUUAAAAUAAAGAACUUUAACCUUGGCAGACUUCUGCAGCAAUAAUGUUUUAAAAUAAUAUUGUAUGAAGAAUGUGAAUCUUGGUUAAGUAUAACAUUACAAGAAAAAUGGUAGAUGGUUGCAAAUGAAAUUAAGGAAUGCUUAAUUAGCAACAAGCCGUAAAGUCCAUUAAACUUCAAUAUAAAGUUGACAGAGCAGGUGAUUCCUGUUGUACAAAGUAACAUUCUUUUAACUUGAAAAAAAACAACUUGAUAACGAAAUAUGUCCUGGUAUGCGAAGUGGUUGUAGUCUUUAGACUAAAACAAUUAACAUUUGAGUAAUUUGGCAAAUGGCAUUCAAAAGAGAUGGCAAGGAGAAUCCCAGAGGGCAGACUUUAAUAUUCCUGAUCCUCCUCAGAUAGCUUUAGGUAAGAACAAAUUAAUAAUUGCAAUCACUGGAGAACUUAUCUUUCCUUUCAUGAAUGAUGGGAGUUGAAUGUCUUUUCCAGAGUAGAAUGAAUUAUGGUUCCCUGAAGUAAGUGAAGAGGGGCAGGAAUCCGAAGUUAAGUCUCUUCCUUGAGAGGGAGACUGGAGUAGGGCGAAGCCAGAAUCAAAGCCAGAGGGAGUGAUCACAUGGCCCACAGGGGCUUCUUUUGCUGUGGGAGGGCUGCCUGGGCUGUCAGGCAGUCCUCCCGGAGCGCCGGGAAGGUAAGUAUCCUGGGCACUCUGGCGGCUGCAGCCGUUACGGCGUUCUAUGCCACCGCAACGGCUUUAAAGCCCUUUUAAAUGGGGACGGCAUAGAACGCCGUUAACGGGUUAAUAUUCUUAUAAUAAAACAUUUUUUAUUUUUGACCUUUUGUUUCUAUAUCAGAGAUUUGAGAUUCCUCUUUAUCUGGAGUAAUUCUGAUUACAAUGUGCUAUUCAUCCCAGUUUCCCUGUUUCGUACACUAGUUUUCACUCUCUAUAUAAUAUUUUACUAUAUUUAUAGGGGGCUAGAUAGUGGUUUUUAAUACUAUAGGGUCAGGAAUACAUGAUUGUGUUUCUUUAAGGGUUUCUGAUGAUAUAAAAUGGCUCUAUCACCUUGUAACUCUAUGCAUAUUUUGCAAAGACCUGAUGGUGACACUGCCACUUAAAGACCAGGGGGUGCUGUGAAGGUCAGGUGAUGCUGUCCCCCCUCAGGUGCAUGAUCAUCUACUCCUGGUGCUUCAUUCACAAAGGAGUCCACAUUCAUGCUGUACUGUUGCACAUCUUGCCUCUCAAUGAGCAAAAAAUGGUUUAUUCCCAUAGGCGCCGUUCCUACUUGGUCUUCUAUAUAUCGACUACUUUUGAAUUUCAAAAAAUAUAACUAGUCUUUCUGAGCAUUUCAUAAAGAUUUGGGUUGUGGCGGGGGGCGGUUGUUAAUUAUAUAAAUCUAUCAUCAAAUAUUGAUACACAUAAUCUAUAAACAAUGGCAAACUAAAAUACAUAAAAAGCAAAUACAAGGCUGCUCAGAAAUAUUAAGAAAAGUAAUGUAAUACCAUUUUUAAUACAUAGGGUAUGAUCGAGAAAGUCAAUGCUGUCAAUACAUGAAUACAUCUUCUAUCAUUUGUGCCUGAUGACCUUGCUGUGCUUUUAGAACAUACCCCAAUGGAUGGGUCACUACUAUUGCAGAGGUUGGUUUCUAUGAGAGAAUUUAAAGGGACACUAUAGUCAUCUGAACAACUUUAGCUUAAUGAAGCAGUUUUGGUGUAUAGAACAUGCCCCUGCAGCCUCACUGCUCAAUCCUCUGCCAUUUAGGAGUUAAAUCCCUUUGUUUAUGAACCCUAGUCACACCUCCCUGCAUGUGACUUGCACAGCCUUCCAUAAACACUUCCUGUAAAGAGAGCCCUAUUUAGGCUUUCUUAAUUGCAAGUUCUCUUUAAUUAAGAUUUUCUUAUCCCCUGCUAUGUUAAUAGCUUGCUAGACCCUGCAAGAGCCUCCUGUAUGUGAUUAAAGUUCAAUUUAUCGAUUGAGAUACAAUUAUUUAAGGUAAAUUACAUCUGUUUGAAAGUGAAACCAGUUUUUUUUUUUUUUCAUGCAAGCUCUGUCAAUCAUACCCAGGGGAGGUGUGGCUAGGGCUGCAUAAACAGAAACAAAGUGAUUUAACUUCUAAAUGACAGUGAAUUGAGCAGUGAAAUUGCAGGGGAAUGAUCUAUACACUAAAACUGCUUUAUUUAGCUAAAGUAAUUUAGGUGACUGUAGUGUCUCUUAAAGGAUUUCUAGAACCCAGACCACUUCAGCUUAAUGAAGUGGUCUGGGUGCCAGGUCCUUCUAGGGUUAACCCAUAAUUAUAGCAGUUUCAGAGAAACUGCUAUAAUUAUGAAUGGGUUAAGCCUUCCUUCUACCUUCUAGUGGGCUGUCUCCCAUUGACAGCUACUCGAGAGGCGCUGCGUUUACCGUGAUUUUCACAGUGAGAGCAUCGCCAGCGUCAUAGGAAAGCAUUGUAAAUUUUCGAGACCGCUGAAUGCCGCGCUAGCCGCUGCGCCGCGGCGCGAUCUGAAAUGGCGGGGCGUAACGGAGGAGGAGAGGAGGCAGAGAGCUCUCCGCCCAGCGCUGGAAAAAGGUAAGUUUUAACCCCUUUCCCCUUUCCAGAGCCGGGCGGGAGGGGGACCCUGAGGGUGGGGGCACCCUCAGGGCACUAUAGUGCCAGGAAAACGAGUAUGUUUUCCUGGCACUAUAGUGGUCCUUUAACUAGUUCUGCCACGUACCCUUGAGGAUUUCCACUUUCAGAGAGAUAUAUAUCAUGGAAGCAUAAUCAAAUAAAAAGCAAUGUAUGCUGCUUAAGUGAGGGAAAGGCGAGGAGGCAGUCCCUAAGGCAAUUUUUUUUAAUACUAGAACAAGGAAUAAGUUGUUCUUCAAAAUACACCUUGAUUCACAGUAUGGUAGUCUUGCCUGCUCCCACAUAAUUCACAAUGUAUAAUAAAUCUGACUUUGUAAGCACAGGUUUAGAGUGCUAAGACAUGCUUUACGUAAAUAGUAUCAUGAAACAUGCCUUUGUGCAAUAGUAGAACUCCAAUUAAUGGAUGGCUGUAAAUAAAAUUUAUUACAUGUAUUAUCUACACAACUCUAGAGUGAUAACCCAUGUAUCCUCCUCUUUAUUUUUUAAAAUAAUUUUUUAACUGAUCUCUCAAUUUUGUCACUGCAUUGUUCUAUUCUAUCCAUUGAAUGGGAUGGAGUGGUGGGAUUUGUGUGGUUAUUCCUGGAUGUAAACUGGCACUGUGUGAGUGCAUUGCCUUGAACAAUUGGUCCUGGAACUUACUUGUUGUUUUGUAUUUGAGCUCUGUGCAUUUCUUUGUUUUUAUUUAAAAAAAAUUUUUUUAACAAAAUGCAACACCUUAACAAAUGCAAAAGUAAAAAUACAAAAGUGUUACAAUUAUUACUAUAUAUAUAUAUAUAUAUAUAUAUAUAUAUAUAUAUAUAUAUAUAUAUAUAUAUAUAUUUUUUUUUUUUUUUUUUUACUUCAAUAUACCACACUGACAGACAAUUAGACACAUCAGAUGCAUUGGUAGUAGCAGGUCAUACAUCAGUACAUUUUAGUGAUCACAGGAAAAUGCUUUCUCUACAGAUUGUGUUGGAAUAGGACAAGCUGUACACUUUAUAUUGCGCUAGAUAUGCUGUAUUUGUCAGAAUCCCAAAUACCAGUCUCUCUGUACUAAACUGACAGGACACCAACAUGGAGGGCGGCACUUGGUUUCAGACUUUUUUUUUUCAAUACAGGUGUAAUUUUAUUUUCCUUCUCCCCUCCCCGAGGCUUUAAAAACACAUUCUAUGUAGGGGCUAGGCAAAUGCAAUAUUAGUAAUCCUGAAAAUGUAUGUUUUCCAUUAAAAGAAAAUCAAUAACAUCUGCCCUACAAGUAAAACUGGCACGAGUGUCAAGGCACUAAGACCAUAAUACAAUAUUCUUAAUGCAAUAUAAUGGGUAGACAAACAAUUAAAAGUAAGGGGUCAAGUUGGAUGAAUAGUGUUGUUUUUUUGUUUGUGUUUUUUUUUUUACAUCUCUGCAGAUGGAAUUGUGAUUUUUAUUUUAAAGUAUCAUUGGAACCUUAUAUUGCCAGUGCCUUUGUUGCUUCAGAAAUUAAUUUAUCCUAGAAGGUUUGUCUAUAACCGCUGUUUUGUUUUUUGUUUUUUAAGAAAGGUGUGGGGGUAGUGUCUUCUUAGAAGAGGGGAAACAAGAAAUGGCCAUGUGCAAAACUACGCAUGUGACAUGGAUUUCCUUGCAAUAUACAAAGCUGUUAGUCUUAUGAGUUAGCUAAACAGAAAUUAGCACUUUUUCACUAUACACCUUGAUCAUGCACAAAGGGCCAACUUAUGUAGUGCAAAUAUGUUGGUUGUUUUAAUGCAAACAGCAUUCCUUUUAAAGGUACUCUUCAAGCACUCAAAAAAGAGAAGGUUCUGGUCCCUGAAACCCAUGCUCUGAGCAAAACUAAGAUUGUACUAAAAGAGCUUUGAAUUCAGAAUUUCGCAAGAGUUGUCAUACCUUAAGGGGUUACACCACUUCAAAUGGUUUAACCUUAAACAUGUGCCUGAUCACUUUACCCACAUUUUGUUGGCCCAAGGCUUUAAUUAGGAAUCAUUAAACUGGUCUUUCAAUUCAUAAAACUGAGUAAGUGUUUCUGGGUUGUUGUGGUUUUUUUGGGGGGGGGUGGGAGGAGGUUGGUUUUGUGUGUGUGUCCGUGUGUCCAGUAGUUUUUCUUGGCUUAUGAAUUGAAUGUGGGAGCAUUAAAUGGUGAUGGUAUAAGGGUUUAGGAAUCAGAUCUUGGAUGGUUGGAAGGCAAUUAUUGAAGAUACCUUAUCUGAAGUUAUAAAUGUUUGUACCAAAGGUUAUCUGGUGUGGCUCAUUGUACUGUUGUCUUAUGACUCAUGCAAAUAAAUUUUAACUCCCUUUUCUAUUCCUUGUGGUGUUUAUAUUUGAACCUUUCCUUUCUAACUGUAAAAAUGAUUUAAAAAAUUAAACAAAAUGCAAAGUAAAAUUCUUUUUAUAUAUCAAAAUGACUACAGUAAGCGAGAAAACAUUCAAUGUAAUGAAUCUAUUAUAAUAACCAUGCAGGACUGUAUUUGUUUCAGUGUGAUAUCGGAUUAUAGUCAGUUUGCUUAGUUUAUUGCACACUGAUAACACAUACCAUGAGUGAAUCAGCAGAUUCUAUUAAUGAACUGGGCGUGAGUGUGAAUAGCAGUUUAGUAUUGUCCCAUUAAAUUUACAUGAUAUAUUUUGUUUUUGUUAUAAAGUACAUACAUUGCUAAUCCAUUGGCACUCCCUUCUAGAAAGUUAACAUAUACAUUUUAACUGCAGCAGUAACUAAAAUGCUUACUGUAUUCAUUGGUCAGUUUAUCAGAGAUUCCGUUCUACUUUCUCAUGAUGGGAAAACUACAUUUGUUGGCGAUGAGGCUGUAUACUGUGGAGACCAGCACUGACAGAUCUCCAGGGAUUAUGAGAUACAUGGAGCAAGUUCUCUCCAAUAUCCAGAAAAUUGAAAGCCCAGCUCCCAUGCUAAUAGUACUUUUGAUGUUAAAACAAAGCCGUUUUCCUGGCACUAUAGAAUCCUACAGUGCCCUCCUCCCAUGGCACUGAAAUGGGUUAAACUUAUUCAGUCACUUACCUGAAUUCGGCGCUGGAUCAGGCUCCUCCCACGUCAGCCGGCGGGGGAGACCUAAUGCGCCUGCAUGGCAAUGGCCAUGCUUACAUUAGGAUUUCACCUGUAGGAAAGAUUACCGUAUAUACUCGUGUAUAAGUCGAUCUCAUGUAUAAGUCCAGUGCAGUUUUGUGACCAACAAUUGUGAAAUAUGCUAUGCCUCGUGGAUAAGUCGAGGGUAAAUCUUGGGGCUAUGAAAUUCUGUGAUUUUUAUAAUUAUAUACACACACACUCAUACAAACAAACACUCUGCAUUAUAUAUACACACACUCAUACAAACAAUCUGCAUUAUAUACACACACUCAUACAAACACACACUCUGCAUUAUAUACACACACACUCAUACAAACACACACUCUGCAUUAUAUACACACACUCUGUGUAUAUAAUGCAGAGUGUGUGUAUAUAAUGCAGAGUGUGUGUUUGUGUAGUGUGUGAGAACUGGGUGGGGGGAGGGCAUUUUUAUUAUAUUUUUUUUUAUUUUAAUAUUAUUAUUAUUUUUUUAUUUUAAUAUUUAUUUUUUUUUUUGUCCCCCCUCCCUGCUUGUUAACUGGUCAGGGAGGGGGGCUAUCUUAAUCCCUGGUGGUCAAGUGGCAUGGGCUGUGAAGUGGGGGGGCCAGCAGGAAGCAUUUACUUACCUUUCCUGCAGCUCCUGUCAGCUCCCUUCUCCUCCGUUCUGGUCAGCUCCACUGUAAGUCUUGCGGUCUGGUUGCCGCGCGGAUCGUUGCCAUGGCUCUGACGGCCGCGGCUCUCUAAGUUGCCAUAAUACAGACAGUGACUCGAGUAUAAGUCGAGUGGGGGUUUUUAAGCACAAAAAAUGUGCUGAAAAACUAGACUUAUACUCGAGUAUAUACUGUAAUCAAUGCUCUUUUAUGGGGAAAAAUCUGACGCUGGAAGUCCUCAUGUAGCGCAUGAGAAUGUCCAGCAUCAGAUACCAGACUAAAGGUCCAUUUCAAACCAGGAAGCCCUCUAGUGGCUGUCUGGUAGAGGUGGAGUUAACUCUGCAGUGGUAAUUAUUGCAGUUUUUCAGGGUUAAGGGAUAUGGGAUAUUGCACCCAGACCACUUCAAUGAAAUGAAAUGAAGUGGUCUGGGUGCAAUAUCCCAUAUCCCUUAACCCUGAAAAACUGCAAUGAAAUGAAAUGAAGUGGUCUGGGUGCCAACAGUGUCCCUUUAACUCCAUCUCUAAUGGUUUUCUUCCACUCGACUUCAGGGUCCCGAACAGAGUUUUACUCCAUUAAAUGGCAUUGGACCUCCUCACACUUUGCCUGCACAUUUUCUGUUCUCCUCAUAGGAAAGCAUUGAUCCAAUGCUUUCCUAUGAGAACUCCAUUAUGACAAUGGAUUUCUCCUUGGAUCAAGAACCUGUUUACAUAUAAAGUGCUUACAUGUAUUGAUGUUAGUCAUAAAUAUUAUUCUUUGUAAGCCCACAAUUUUGUGUAUGUGGAACUAAUGUUUAGCGUCUCCUAACUGUGUGUGUUUAUAUUUUUCAUAAUAUUCAUUUGCAGAUUAUCUCCACCAUUACCUUUUAACUCCUCAAAUACAAGUUUGUUUGUCAAGUAAACCAUCAUCGUUCCAUCGUGAUAACUUUUAUUAUUAAACAAAUAUAAAUUUUUGUUUGCUAUCACGGCAAUCAAAAUUCUAGAAGAAAGAAGAAACCUGUCCCAAAGCGAAGGAGUGUAUUUAAAAAACCACAACUGUUAUAAGCCUACAGGAAUAAACGUGCUCCAAUUAUGUAAAAUGCUCAAUAUAAUUAAAACGUUUAGUUUCAUUUUAUUAAAGUGCAAAUCACAAUUUAGUAGUUUAAGGCGCAAAUAACAUAUUAUAAGCACACCAAGUGAAGGAAUAAUCCCUCCUUGUAAGUCCUUAAUUCCCUGAGAUGUUCUGUUCAUCCCUUUUAUAUAACAGCACGAUGCAACCAAGGGAAUUGUAGCGACAUAUGCAAAUUAAAAAGUGUAUAUAAUGUGAAACCCUUAAAAGGCUGCUGGAGCAGUUGACUGCACCCAAUACCUCGAUGGAGAGGACCACACACUCUUAUCAAACAUUAUCUUUAUCUGAAGAAGGGACUCGACACCCCACACUGGGCGCUAGAUUAGAUUGGUAAAAUAGGAAUGCCAUACAAUGGGUGACAGACAUACAGACAUUAAUUUGCCACUGUUCUUAUUUUUCUCAGUUAUUCUUAUUGGACAGAAGAUCUUUGGCAGUACAUAUAUGACCUUUGUACAUAACCGUGGUGCAUGAAGCUAUAUCAAACCCUGUUUUUCUUAUGUACAACUGAAUAUGAUCUACAUGUUUACGGCUCAUGACUAUUGUUGCAUCGUAAAAUGUCUGCAAAAAGCAAAAAUAAAGAAGCAAAUGUGCAAAUAUACUCUCUGAAACUUCCUUUUUAUAAUUUAUUUUUUUUUUUUUUACAAGUACAUUUGACAAGAUCUCACACUGGUAUACAAAAUAAUUUUCUUUACAAGCUUGGCACUAUAGGCUAGAGAACGUAAAUACAAUAGAGGUCUAUGAUAGAUGAAAAUAAGUACCACAUUAUUCACUCCUUUAGAAAUCAUAAAAUGUGCACACCACAUAUAGGGGUCGAGCAGUGAGAUGUUCCAUCCUUCUACUGGAUGACCACACCCUACAUGUUUCCUUGUGAAGGUUACCUCAAGGGAGGGGUGGGGGCAAAGCAUAAAAGUGUGAAGUGCCCUUCGGGUGAUAGUGCACCAGAAAUCUUGACAAUAGUCUGUCCAGUCUCACUCUUCCAUUGGUCCUGUGUUCCACAUGGGUUUUUCACAUUUUCCAAUGACGUUUUCACAACCCAAAUAUGUAAUCCCAGUGUUGUCUCCGUGGAUCUGGGCAUUCCAUUCCUAAUGUGGAUCCUAGCCACCAUUGUCAAUAGUUACGCAAUACAGCUUCCUAUAAACCUGUCAGUCUUUCUUGUCUUUUCAUGUAGACGAAUGACUGACUAAUUUCUUGCUAUAAAUUGCAAUGAAAUACUAACAUAUGAUAAUGAAGUUGUUAGUGGUUUUUCAGAACCAGUUUUGUUUUGUUUUGUUUGUUUUUUAAUACUUUUUUUUUCCCCAAUAUGGAAUAUUUAAAAACAAAAAACAAAAACAUCAAUCCAGUUUUUCCAUGUUGAUUGCCGCUACUGAUGUUACAGUAAAUCGACACAUUCUCCAUUAGUCUCUAGCGCACAUAUACAAUCAACAAGCAAAGUGGCCUUUUAAUUUAUUUAUUGUAACACAGGCCUUCUAAAUGGAAAGUAAUCAUAUUACAAUAAAUAAGAAAGCUAAUCUAAUAUUCUGCUAGCUUUCAUCGAUCACUAUUUUAAUUUAGGAUUAAAGUUACCUUUAAAAAAAAAUAAAAAAAAAAUUUUAUGGGGAGAAAUCUGUAGGAACGUGAUGACCUCUAUAAAACGUUUUUUCUUUCACGUUUCAGAAAAUAGUGGCUGCAGGAGAUACCAACAAGGAUGGACAACUGGAUUUUGGGGAGUUUAUCAAAUAUUUGGAAGAACAUGAGAAAAAAAUGAAAAUCGCUUUUACAAGCCUCGACAAAAACAAAGAUGGUAUGAGAACCAUGAGAUGUGUCUGAGCUAUGGCCAUUCUCAUAACUGUUUACUUCCCAUCAUAUUUACAGACCAUGCAAUUCUAGAAUAGUCUAUAUAAUUACAGAAAACCAGCCACGAAAAAUACUGCAUGACUAAUAUUUUAAAUCUAUAAGAUUUCUGUGAAAAUGUUACAUUUCAGAUGCAAAUGCACAUAUACAUCCGUGAAGAGACGUUUGCUGCCAACUGCUCAACUAUAUAUGCCAUAGCUUUAUCUCCCAUAUGUAUAUCAGAUGAGUGUAGGCAUUAUUGAAUAGAAAGAGGACCGUUUUUAUUUAUUUUUAUUUUUUUUUCUUUAUUUUUUUCACUUGUGAUUCGAACUAGAGAUUCAGACAUUUUAAGAGCACAUAAACAAUAUAUAAUUUUGUUGUUUUGCUUAUUUUUAAUCCAAUAUCUAUAGAAUGCAUUAGAAAAAAUGUAAAUUCCAGCCUGCAUUAUCCCUUUAAGUUGGGCCACUAAUCCAUAGGUGAUUGGUCAACAUUUUAUGAAUUCGAAACAAACUCCUCUUCCAUGGUGUCUAGUGGAGUUUGUGGCUGGUGUUUCAUUUAACAUUAAUUUCACCAAGUGACGUCACACCUGUACUUUGUAUUAUUGCGCAGCCCUGUCCCCCCUUCCUUAGCCCCUGUCCCCCUUCCUCAGCCCAUGUCGCUCCUCCACUCAGCCCCAUAACAUCCCAACUACAGCUCUUCUCCCCCAAUUACAACAUAUAACCCACACCACAGCCCCUUUCCUAAGUAGCCAUCAACCUACUUCAGCCCCUAUUCCCCCCCACAUUUCCUAACCCCCAAUUACAGCUCAUACCUUCCACUACAGCCCCUGUUCCCCUACUACAGCCCUGUCACUUUACUCAGCCCCCAUCUACUGGCUUUAACCCUUUAAGGACCAAACUUCUGGAGUAAAAGGGAAUCAUGACAUGUCACAUGUCACGUGUCCUUAACUGGUUAAAGGUGUAAAGUCUGGGUGUAUAUGUAUGUAUGAGUGUGUCUGUGUGUGUGUCAGUAUGUCUGUGUGUGUGAGUAUGUCUGUGUGUGUGUGUGUGUGUGCCAGUAUGUUCAGUAUGUGUGUGUGUCUGUCCGUGAGUGUGUGUUUGUUAGUGUGUGCCAAAUCAGCAAGUGUGUGUGCCUGUCAGUGUGUCUGUUUAGGUGACUGCCCCCCUUUCAAUCACAUGGGAAAGGUGUUUUUACUCUCCUUUUGCAAUGGGCCACUUGACUGGAUUUGCACCCUAGGCCUAAGGUUGCCAGCCCUCCCCUCCACUCCAGGCUGUACCGAGAUCCUUGCCACCAAUGAGGCACCAGCCAAAAUCAAUAUUCCACAGACUGCAGAAUUUAUAUGAACUGCAUUGUAUCAGUGUAACCAAUCUAAUGGCUAUUAUUCACUGCCUAUAAUGGGUCAUAUCUUGCUUACCUUGGAUAAUGUUGACUACUGUUAUGGAUGUCAUUUUCUUGCAUAGUGAAUGUGUGUGAACAAAGUAUUUCUUUCACUUCCUGCAAUGUUUUUGUGCCGUUGGCAAAGUUUAGAUCUCCCAAAAGGCCUUCAAGAGAGUAAAGUGCUUUAUGAGCCGUGGAUGGGGGAAAAAAGCGUGUUUUCUUGAAGUAUAAGCAAUGAUCCAGGCACUCAAGGUGAAAACCAAAUUGGCAGUUUUAUUGGAGCAAGAAACCGCAACGUUACGGUCCAACAGGACCUUUGUACUUGAGUGCCUGGACCACUGCUUAUUCUUCAUAUUUGCACCUUGGUGACCAGGAGAGUGCGUUAUCCUUUACUUUAUGGAUGCUUCUAAUUCUUGAAGGCAUGGGAUGAAGAGUAGUGCUUGUGGGGAGCCAGUGACAUUGUUCAAUGUUUUCCUAAAAUUGUACAUAAAAACAACAAAAAAUAAGUGCAAUUCUCAAGUACGACCCAAAUGGUUUUAUUGUUCUUAUUACUUCUACACCUACAACAAUGAAAAAAAUUAAAGCUGCUCUGUCACUAAAAGUUAAAAUUUAUCUAAUCUGUUUCUAUAUAGCUCCCUGUGUCUGAAUCCUUUUAUAAGAAUUUAUUUUAUUUACCUAUUUAAUUUUCUUGCACGCUCUAGUUGUCAAAGAAUACAUUAAGAAAAGUAGCUAUCUCCCCCUCCCCCCCUUCUGUAAAGCUGUUAACAUGACAAUAGGUGAAGCUUAAAGUAAAGUUUUGAUUUAGUUGCCAAUUUACCCACAAUCCAUCAGUAAAACCUGUUCCUCAGAAGGCCAAACAGCAAACCUCAUGGGCAGAGGAGAACAAAACGGAAGCGUCUAUAUAUUGAGAUGUGGCCCAAGGUAGAAAAUAUAGUAAAUAUAAAUACAGGCACUGGGUAGAGUGUAAUCAUUAUAGAAAGGAAAAGCAAAAUGGGAAAAAAAAAAUGCAUGACUGCUUUAACAGAUGACUGCUUUAAUUUAGCACGAAGUACAGAAAGUACUGUGAAAAACUUCUUCAUAUUUAAUAAUCCAUUUCUUGGUUACAAAACUGUAAUGGCAUCUCACAUGGAUCAGGCAUGGUAUUGAUCUGGGCCGCAUCAUUUGCCAAAUCCCAUCUGUCUCUCCCAACACAAUUUACAUUACAUUUUCCUAUAGUACAGCUAAUUUUUCACAUUUUGGGGAGGUAUGUUUUAUAUAAUUAUAAUAAGCUGGUACUCCGAAAACCACAAUUUAAUCCAAUUUAUAAACAAAAGCCAAAUAAAAAGUUGGUGCAAAGCAGAGACGGUAAAUAUAAAUUUGCACCUUUUUAAAAGAACAUGGUUACACCUGCCUGGCUUUCAAUCAGACAACUGGUCCUGUUACUUCCUGGUUGUUUAGCUCAGGAAAGCUAAACUCGAGGGGGGAGGCACCUGUUUUGAAAAGACACCUGUGGCGGGAUUAGAAAGGAGGGCUUGCAAAGGUUUCAGACAAGAGAUAUGCAGCUUUUGCAAGCGGGUUUAGUUAGAAUUCCAAUAAAAAAAACAAAUGGAUAGUUAAAUGCAUGCCUGUCUUUCAUCUAUCUAAUAAAGUGACUUUUCAUUUAUUUUUUGCAUUUGGGCAGUGGAGUGUCCCUUUAAGUAAAACAGGCAUAACAUACUUACUAUCUUAAAGACCCUCAUAUGUUGCUCUUUGUGACUAUACCGAAGCAGCAGAGGUGGGUGGGGUAUUACAAGUGUAGUGAUAGAAAAUAUCCUAAAAAGGACAAUUUAUGGGGUCCGUGUUAGACUUGUACAGAAUUAAUUAUAGAGGCUACUAUUUUGGUUGGUUGUACUACUUGCUAAAUUCUACUGUCAUUUAAAAAUUCUUUUAAAUCCACACUCAAUGAUUCAAUACAUGCAAUAUUUACCUGUCUUAACAUGAGUCAUAUUUAUGGAACAACCAAAAACAGUAGCCACUAUAAUUCAACUCAAUGUCCUCAUUAAUUUAAAUAUUAGGGGUUUUUGUACUGUCCUCUUGAGAAUACUAGAUACUUGAGCCAAUAAGUAAACCAGUUAUAUCAAUAACGAGAUGUACGUACAUAAAUUUUUUUUUUUUUUUAAUGAUGUGCUAAAAAGUGAAUGUGUGUAUGGUAAUGGUGAGUAAACUCUGCUAGUGUGUAUAUUGUCACCAUUUGCUAAAUAAAGUGAAUAAUGUGGUGCUCAUUUGGUAUUUGCCAAUUCCGAUCUACUGUCGAAUGCAUUAUAUUUAUUGCAAUGUAGCCUUUCAUGUGGUUUUUACAUUGUUUGUUUAUUUACAGGAAAGAUUGAAGCAUCUGAGAUAAUGAACUCGCUCAAAACCCUGGGGAUAAAAAUUUCUGCAGAACAUGCUGGCAAAAUUCUACAGAGGUCAGUGAUUAUAGUGACCUACGUGAUUUGUAUUUUCUUUCGGCUUAUUGCGAAUUUAUUAUGCAUUCAUAUAGAACAUCUUCUAAAUUUUUACUUCAUAUAAAGCUGCAUGAAACUCUGCUGCAGGCACAGUAAUAACCGUAAUGCAUCAAUGAUCACAACUGCACAUCCAACCCUGUUUUUGCAGCUAAAGCGCCAUAUAUUAAGAACAAUGAAGUGGGUGCAUGUCUCUGUAGAGAAAUUGGGAUUAGUUUCAGCACAGAUUAUACCAUCAGUGUGCUGCUAACACAGCACUUUAGAAUGUAGAUCAUAUUGAGCAUGGUAAUAUCUUAAAAUGUGUGUUGGUGUGUUAACAGUGCUGUCCAAUUGUAUCAUUAGAUAAUAUCUCACAGACACAGAAUAAAAUAACAUAUCAGUUAAAAUAAAUACAAUAUGAGAAUGAUUAUUUGUACCGAGGACAUUCAAUUGUUUUGUGAGAAGUUGCGGAGGUGGGGUGCGGUGCUUGUCGGACCCCAGGUAAGAAGUCAAACCAUUCAAAACUACUUUGACUACUUCUAACCACUCCUGGUUCCAUAAUGGGGGCUGUACUUGUUAUGUUGCUGGGGUGUUCCUUUAAUUCAACCUUUUUUAUAGUAUUUUGUUUCACUCCCUAGACUUUAUUUUUUCUUUAUUUUGAAAUGUUUUUAUUCUAUAUGAGAAAAAGUAGCAACGCUUAGUCUAUAGUCUUAGUUCUAUAUGUUCUGUGACACUGGGCCCAUCCAGAGUUGCACAGCGAGAAUUCUCGCACCAACCCUCACUUUGUCAUGUCACUCUUGCUCUACAGUAUGGAUGCAGAUGGAACCCUGACAGUGGAUUGGAAUGAAUGGAGAGACCACUUUUUAUUUAAUCCAGCAGAUAACAUAGAAGAAAUUAUCCGCUACUGGAAGCACUCAACUGUAAGUAUUAGGAAGCAGGAAAAUCGGGGGUUGUUACCUAUGGGAUCUAGAAUAAAAGCGUUGAACAUUUUGUGACCGGUAAGGGGUAUUUUUCCUGGAUUGGGAAGUGCUGCAUGCAUUAUUCUCAGCUAUUUUAUUUAAAACUACAUUCUUAGAAGGAUACUGUGUAAUAAGCCCAGAGGUGAUCUAGCAAGGGAGCAGGAGAUAUGCCUUGUGCUAUUCUCUGUUACAGACAGUGGAUGGGUCUGUAAGUCAACGUACUCGGUUGGCGAGGGACAGAUGCUCUUGGUUUUUCUCCAUAGACCAAAUGGUGGAAGUGGAGCUUCAUUGGUUCUGGGCCUCUUGAAGUUUGGUUCAUCUAGUUACAGAAUACACGGCUUUCCCUGUUAUUGCUCCAUUGAGUCAUGCCAUUGAUUGAUCUGACAUUUUUGGAUGUUUUGCUGAUCAAAACUAAACUUAUGUUUAUUUUUUAUAUCUGUUGACCUGUCGUGUCAUAAACACAAAAUGACAUUGUUAAUGCAUACAAAAGUAAGUAUAGUGUCUGCUGUUUUUCACAUUUUUAUUAUAGACUCUUCCAAAUGGAGUACUUAAUAUUCAUUAUAUUCUGACCAAAAUCAAAACCUUUAAUACAAGAUAACAAUUGUUAAUUUCAUGAGCAAUCGAAUUCAGAUUAAUUCAAGUAAUAUUAGUUGUGCUGGUGGACUAGGUUUUAAAAUCAUUUUAUUUCCUCAGGUACUAGAUAUUGGAGACAGUCUCACAAUCCCAGAUGAAUUCACAGAGGAAGAGAAGAAGACUGGCCAGUGGUGGAGGCAGUUGUUGGCCGGAGGGAUGGCUGGAGCAGUAUCCAGAACAGGAACUGCUCCUCUGGACCGUCUCAAAGUCAUGAUGCAGGUACCAAAUCCGGACUUUCAGUCUUUGGCCUGAUAUUCAAAUGUUGUUCUGCCUACUGCCAAUAAAAUGUAAACAUAUGUUUUUAUCCUAUAAAUGACAAAUGGCACUCACAAGUCUUAUAUAUGCCAAGAGUACAAACAAGCACACAUGGAACACUUGGUCAAAUUGACUGGUUGUGUGGCCCAUCAGUGUUUAAGCAUAACUAGAUAGUCUGGAAUUAAUUCCUGAAAGAUGGUUGAGCUACUUUUCACGAUUCAUAAAUGCCUGCUGGGAGGGAAAAGACCAUUAGGCAGGUUGUCGAAUUACACCUUUGGUGUAAGGGAAGCGGAGGGACCAUAUCACUGGGUGUCCACUGGUUCCUAGGCCGUAGUGGGGACCCUAAUUUGGCUUUAUGUAUGUUUCAACUAACUAUUCACUGAACAUCUCAAUGUGUGCCUUGAACCUUGCCAGUUUGAAGACCAUUUGGUAAAUUACUAGUGUUUUGAUAAAUGUCCACAUGCCAUACAUUGUGUGGAGUUCUCUCCCAAUUUCUUAGACACAGAAUUGUUAACCUGGGUGAGCACAUUAGGUAGACUUCCCCAGAUUAACCCCUGGAUUAUAUUUAGUAAAUAAAAAAAAUGCAAUUCCAGGAAACAUUCAGGAUAUUUCACUAAAUGCUGUAAAUUCAGGGGUACAUAAGUUUAGUGAAUAAUCCUGUAUAUGUUGAUUUCUAAUCCCUACACUUAUCUGUCUUAACAUCCUUCACAGCGCUUUGUUCUUUGCCAGUUUAUAUGUUUUUAUACUUGAAACUUCCAUUGUUCUAUAUUCUGUUCGGUAGGUGCACGGAACCAAAGGAAACUCUAACAUGCUGGCGGGACUAAAGCAGAUGGUAAAGGAAGGAGGUAUCCGAUCUUUGUGGAGAGGAAAUGGGGUCAAUGUCAUUAAGAUUGCCCCAGAGACCGCCAUGAAGUUCUAUGCAUAUGAACAUGUAAGUUGGAUGUCUGUAGGCUGCUAUAUAUUUGUAUCUUUGCGAGAAUUCAAAUUUUCACUGAAAGAUUUUUGGGAUAAAUUUUAAAGGUCAUCCGUCCUCUUGUUUUACAUUUUCCUAGUGCAAGGGUGGGGAACCUUCAGCCCUUCAGGUGUUGUGGACUACAUCUCCCUUGAUGUUUUGCCAGCAUUAUGGGAAAUGUAGUGCAGAACAUCUGGCGGGUCGAAGGUUCUCCACCCUUGGCCUAGUAGUUAACUAGCGGUUAUAUUCUCAUCUACCCAAGUCAAAGAUUGCGAUCAAGUCCUCAUUAGUCCUAUUACUGAUUAGUCCUUUGAUUAUUUUUGACAUUAAUUGUGCAUGAAACACGGAACUACCAGCAGUGCAGCCAGUGUGGCUGCUUUGGGCACCCAUGAGUUGUCCUUUGCACUUGGACACGUCCAUUUGGCAUUUCUGCUAGGGCUGGUCAGCCACUGCUAACCCUUUAACUUCAGAACUGGGCCCCUGUUAGAUCUGCACAACUGGGAAACAAUUAGUUCAGGUAACGUCUUCCCAGUUUACAAAGCGGAGAGACAGUGGAAGAGUCGCCAGAGGAGGGAGAGCAGUUGAGCACUGCUAGUCGCUGUGUCUCUGGAGAAAUAGUGUCCGCUCCUCUCCAAAUUCUGGGUGGUGGUGCUGACCUCAUUUGGCCUAUCAAAGUGCCUUCACAGGAGGUCCAAGGAAGUGCUGGUUUUAUGUUCAUGAGAUGUCCAGUUCUCUAGAAACUCUCAUGGCGUUUACCGUUUAAAUUUGCUAAGAGGCAUGCCUUUGGUCCUCAUACUUUCUGUUAAAUCUGCAACCAGUGUGCAUGUUAUGAUUUUUGUUUUCUUUACUAGUUACAAUAUACAUGCACUUUUGUCCUCCCCCCUUUCCACCCCUUCCCUUUUCCCCUUCUUUGUGUCACUGACUAAUAUCCUGCUACUUUGACAAUAUCCGUGAGGUAUACCUGCACAAAAAAAUUGAAAAAUAACAAUUCUUGCACCUCGGCGGUAUUUAUAUUAGUUCCCUCACUGACCGUCCUUUGUGACGUUGCUGCCUUUGCACCUGUUGUACUAUCCCUUUUCUUAUUCCUGUAAUAUUAGAACUACUUUGACCGUUUUUUCCCCCCAAAGAUUUAUAACUGAUUUUAUAGAAUCAAUAUUUGGCUUAUUUUACAAUUAUUUCUAUAUUGUUUUUCUGUUACAACACUAUAUUAAUCCUGUGUGUAGCUCUUUGCCUGAUGUUGAUAGUCCAUGUUUCAGCCUAAAGGGAAAUGCUGCAAUGUUUUAGUGGAUCCCCAUAUACAAUUCUGAAGCAAUGUGUUUGUGUUAUGUAUAAUGGAUCUACAUGCAUUUAUGGAUGUAUAUUGACCUCUGGGUUCCUUUCCAGUACAAGAAGCUGUUUACCUCAGAAAGCGGCAAGUUGGGUGCUGCUGAGAGAUUUGUCGCAGGGUCACUUGCUGGAGCAACAGCUCAGACGUCCAUCUACCCCAUGGAGGUAACUCACACUGAUCAGCAAAUUCAAUAGAAUGUUAUCAUUUUCACCGCCCUAUUAAUGUACAAGGAAUAGGACUGGUGGUUUGGAGAAAUGUUUUAUAGGCUAGGCAUGGAAUGACCCUUAACAUUGUUAGAAAUGUCAUUAUGAUUUUUUUUUUUCUGUGGGUCAAAUGGUAAAAACCUUUUUUUUUUUUUUAAAUUUUUUAAAAUUCUUUAAUUUUGUUGUGCAGGAAAUGACAGUUAUGCUUGCAAUGCCACAAUAGCUGUAAAAAGCACUUCAAAAACAUACAUGGUCAUAGCAUAUGGAGAACAAUUACGCAAUGUUUUAAAUCUAGUAAACGAGUAUUAAAUACAGGCUUCAUGGUAAGGUCGGGUACUCAUGGCUAAACAAGAUCUAACCUAAAGCUUAUGUGCAGAAAAUGUGCUUAAGGCAUGAGCGGUUUCAUAAACCUAUGCAAGUAAUGAGAAGCAUGUUAUAAUGUAGUUUUAAAUCAAACUGAGUAGCUAGACAGUGCUACUAAAGCUCAAUUGCUAUCUCAUGCCAUAUGUAGGCCAUGCUAGACAGUCUGCCGCCAUUCCUGGGCUGGAAAAAUUGAAGCUGCUUUUUUUUCCCCUUCUUUUUUGGGUAAUCUAAUAGUUCACAUGCUAGGACAAUCUUACUUGGUGUAAAUGAGAAAUAGUAAAAUAAACAGGCUAUGGUUAAUCCUGCUGUUUUUGAUCACAUUGAAUGGGAUUAACCAACCGAACGCCUGCAUUGAGCUUGUUCGAGAGAGACCCACCUCUGUGUUAUAAGAAUCCUGCUGCAGCCCAUAAAUCCUUCUUGUCAAAUAACGUUUACUUUUAGCAGGAUGGGUUAUCGAGCCGCUGAACUGUUUUAAAUGCUAAAAUAACCCAUAAGAUUGCGUGCUUUGAGGUUUGUAGUUGUGCAUGAUCAAUUUGUACUAGACUCUGCACAACAAAUUGUCAGCAAUUCUGGUUUUAACCUGUGCAAUAAAAUGUAAGCAACACAGCCUCGUGUGUUAAACAAUAUUGAUAAAUCGUGGGAAUAAAACCAUUUUAAUUGGACUACACCUAUCCAGAUAUGGAAGCAUUAGUGUAUGGAAAGGAUAGCAGACACAGUAACACUAUGUAUGGAGACCAUGGCAGACUGGAUAUAUCCGACUACAUAACAUGCCUUUAUUGUGUUGCACCAAUUUGAAAUAUGAGCCCCAACACCAUGUUACCUAAGGUCAGAAGAUAUAUUUCAUUGGAGAGUUACCAAUACCUUCCAAGUUAAAGGAAUCUGAGGUAAAAAGGACACUAAAUCACUUUUUAGAAUACAAGGAUCUUUUAUUGAAAGGCAUUUACGAAAACCACUUUAGACAAGAGUUUUAUGGAGCAGUGAGAGUAGGAUUUGCAAAGCACUGUUAAUGGGAAACACACUUUAAUACACUAUUGUUCCAAGUAUAAGAUCUAAAAUGUAAUUUUUAUUUUUUCAAGGUAAUGAAGACCCGUUUAGCUGUUGGAAAAACAGGGCAAUACGAUGGCAUGUUUGACUGUGCCAAGAAGAUCCUGAAGAAGGAAGGUGUGCGGGCUUUCUAUAAGGGAUACAUACCUAACAUUUUGGGUAUCAUACCUUAUGCUGGCAUAGACCUUGCUAUAUACGAGGUAACUUUUUUUUUUAUGUGAUGUAUUCUGUAUAUUUUAGGACUAGCAAAAUAUCUGAUUUCAUACUAACCUGGAAAAGGAAGCCGUGUGUGUGUGUGUGUGUGUGUAUAUAUAAUCAAAUGAGACCUUACAUUUCCUUUCAAUUAUGUUCGCAAUCUCAAUUUUCAGUAGGAAGUUAUAUUAUACACUUGUUUUUGUGUUUUGCUCAAAUAUCUUAAAUAUAUCUUGUCAUUCAAUUGAUAACUUUGUUAGAUGACCUUGAAGAGAAUAUGCAGUUACAAUUUGUAAUAUCAGCUCUUAUUGAGUAGGUUUAUUUGUAUUAGGUCUAUAACAAUUUAUUUCCAAAUGCAAAUUAAGUGUCAUUUGUUUAUUAUUUUAAUGUGUACUGCCCUACACUGUAAAUACAGAUUGAAUUCUUACCCACUUUAAAUCUUACCUUUUUAUAUUUGAAAAUAUAUAAGCUGUCCUCAGUUGUUUUUAAUGCUAUACCAGCUCGUACUCUUUGUUAAUGAAAAGAUUAAAGGUCCCCUCAUGAAUUCUAAGACUUGGUGUCAGCGGUAGGAUCACUGACUCCUUGUGAAUUAAAUUAAUACAAUUGAUACCUGGCACAUUCUUCCUAUCUCCUGGCAGACUCUUAAGAACUAUUGGCUUCAAACGUAUGCAACAGAUUCUGCGAACCCUGGGGUAUUGGUCCUGCUGGGCUGUGGCACUGCGUCCAGCACGUGUGGUCAGCUUGCCAGCUACCCUCUGGCCCUCAUCAGGACACGAAUGCAAGCACAAGGUAAAAAAAUAAAAAUCACAUUGAAUGCCCUCUCUGUUUGGUUGUAUUUACACUGGGAGUUUAAUUAUUAUUUUUUUUUUUUAAAUGCAACAGCAUAGUGGGGAAAAAUACUGGCUUUUCAACUGUAGAUUUUUUGAGUUCUUAACUUAAAAAAAAUAAAUACAAAAUAAAAAAAACUUGUGUUUAGAUGUCUUCACCUCUCUAACUGUACACAACCAGCCAUUUUCAUUUGACAAGUCUCCUCACUCUUGUUUAGUCUGCAGUAUCACAUAAGCUAAACUCCAUGGCCUGCUGGUUAAGCCCUUAUAUUAUGACAAUUUUAACAAGUUAUCUGUUACGAAAUGUCUGGCAUCCUCUACAGAAUGAAAGUUAUAGAACUGUAGUUUCUCUCUUAGAAAGAUGAGCUGUAGUUUAAUAUGUAACAUUUUUUCCAGUAGUUGGUUAUAUAGCUCUCGGCUAUAUAAACACAAUAUUUACAAUACAGAUUCAGCCUGAAGUCCCUUAAAGGGACACUCCAGUGCCUGGAAAACAAUCAGUUUUCCUGGCAUUGCAGGUCCCCUCUCCCUCCCACCCCUAUCCCAUGUUGCUGAAGGGGUGAAAACCCCUUCAGUGACUUACCUGAGACCCCGCCGAUGUCCCUCUGCGCUGGUUUAGGGUCCGCCCACGAUCCUCCCCUGCCGACGUCAGCCGGCGGGGGACACUGAUUGCGCAUGCGCAGCAAUGCCGCGCAUGCGCAUUAGACCUCCCCAUAGGAAGGCAUUGAAAAUGCUUUCAAUGCUUUCCUGUGGGGAUUUUAGAGACGCUGGAGGUCCUCACAUAGCGUGAGGACGUCCAGCGACGCUAUAGAACAGAAAACCUGUGCUAUAGACCAGGAAGUGCCCUCUAGUGGCUGUCUAGUAGACAGCCACUAGAGGAGGAGUUAACCUUGCAAUGUUAAUAUUGCAGUUUAUGAAAACUGCAAUAAUUACAGUUGCAGGGUUAAGGGUAAUGGGAGUUGGCACCCAGACCACUCCAAUGGGCAGAAGUGGUCUGGGUGCCUGGAGUGUCCCUUUAACGAUGUUAUGACAUGUCAAUACAUCCCAACUCUAAUGGGCUUUAAUGCCAUUAGAUCCUGCAGAUUUAAUGAACAGUUUUAAAUCCCUGCUCACACCAGGGAGUGCAAGGUAGAGUUAGUGUAAGCAUUGGGGAAGGGCUUGUAUAGGCAGGGCCGGUGCUUCAGUAAGACUAAUUAAUUAGGCGGCUGCCUAAAGCGCCGCUUAAGGGGGGGGGGGGUGCCGGUAGUUGCUUGAGUGAUCAUUUGGCUGCCCCCCAAUCAAGCUGUAUUAAUUAUUUAUAGUGGCCGCCGGCCAUGUUACCGGGUGCUAGGGAGCACUUACAUGGCUGCUGACUAGCGGCCAGUAGAAAACUGGUCAGGUCGGCAACAUCCAUGAUUCACCUCAGCUCACAAUGCCUGGCCCCCUCCCAGACAUGCAUUGCAGCGGCAGCGCAAGGGCACAUUAUUAGCUUGCUCCUUCCCCAUGCCCUGUAAGUGAGGAGAAAUGGGCGUGAGCAUAGCAGUGGGGCUGAUGGGGAGAAUGAUGCACCGCCAGGCAACUAGGCGCACUGACGAUGCCUGGAACAGCACUGAUAUGUGAAUUUAAGGUAAGAGGGAUAAUGUGUGUGUGUGUGUGUGUGUGUCUGUCUGUCUGGGGUCAGUGUGUGUCUGUGUGGACCAUUCUGUGUCUGCAUUGGUCAGUUUGUUUCCCUGUAUGCCUGUAUGUGUCCGUCUGCAAGGGGCAGUUUGUGUUUGUAUGUGUGUGUGUGUGUCGGUAUGGGUCAGUGUGUGUGUUAGUUUCACUGGAUGUGUAAAAAAUGAUUAGCAAAAAUGUGAAAAACAAUUAUUCCCCCUCCCCCAUUUAACAUUUUAUUAACAAGUAAUGUUGUGUUGGGUAUACAUAUAGGAUGUUUAGGUAGCCUUUCCUGUCCUUUAAAAUAAAUACACUAUAUGUAUGGAGGCACUUGAGGGGAAACACGUAAAUUAUGUUGGAACCUGUUGCUCAAAUUCAAUGUUUUGGUUCAGAACAUGGACAAUUCCCUUCGUCCUAAAGGGGUUAAAUAACGUAAUUACGUUUGGCAUAAUAGUGUCUUUGUUGGGAUAAUAGGCUUCUUAAAAGCAGGAACCAUUUGAAUUAUCUAGUGAUAACUAAAGUGAAUUAUUUUUUAUUUAUUUAUUGCUAUUGCAGCAUCCAUUGAGGGAGCCCCUCAACUCAGCAUGGGAGGUCUUUUCCGUAAUAUUGUGGCCAAGGAGGGUUUUUUUGGACUCUACAGGGGUAUUGCCCCCAAUUUCUUGAAAGUGCUUCCUGCUGUCAGUAUCAGCUACGUGGUGUAUGAAAAGAUGAAGGUUCAGCUCGGCAUCUAAUUGAUCACUCCGUCCAAUUUUCUUACUCAGGAACAUCAGUGUGUGCGGGAGAGUAAUUCUGGUGAAAAUCGAAACUCUUCUGCUGCCAUCUUGUCUUACUGUGGAACUCACCAGCUGUGAAGCAGUUAAAAAAAAAAAAAAAUGCCAAAAACGAUUUUUACAUUUUUAUUUUUUGUGAUACCAACAUUUCCUUCCAGUCUUUAUUUUCUUUCUUUCUAUAUUAGAUUAAUUGUUGAUAAUGGAAAAACUAUCAAGCCUUAGAAUUUGGCACGGACUGGAUCAUGGAGCAUUAUUUUUCUUGUGUUUUGUUAAGGCUGAUUUUUAUUUUUCUAUAUUAAUUGUUUUCAUUUAUAGAAAUGAAUACUGAAAUAUGAUGGCAUGUUCAGCAUGUAAACAUAUUUUGUAUCAAUGACCGGAAAAAAACAGGAUUAAGAAAUGUAUGUAGAUCCAAUGGACCUUUUCACCAACCUUUCUUGGUACAAUGAAUAACUGUUGUAAACUGGUGCCUGGGAUCAUAUUGUUUAUCACUAUUUACUCAUUGCAACCUACCAAAUCCUUUUCCACUCCUACCACUUGCCUACAUCUAAUUACCCACCAUCACUACUAGUUACUAAAACUCUCACAUAUCACUGGUGCGUUAUAGCCUCCUGCCUUGAAGAAAGCCAAUGCUAAACCGCGUGUUAACGAGUUAAAAGGUACACUAUAGGCAUCCAGACCACUUCAGUUUAUUGAAGUGGUCUCGGUACAGUGUCCCAGGCCCCUUAGCCCUACAAUUGUAAUUACUGCAGUUUUUAAUAAACUGCAAUAAUUACAUUCCAGGGUUAACUACACCCUUAGUGAACAGCCACAAGAGGGACUCUAGUUGCCUAACUGACGGUAGACGUCCUCACACUCUGCAUGAAGACAUCCAGCGUCACCCAAAACCCUAUAGGAAUGCAUUAUACAAGGCUUUUCUGUGGGGAUUCUUAAUGCAUGUGCUUUAGGUCCCUCCUGCCGGCUGACGGAGAAGUGAAGGCAGCACCUGAACCGUUGCCAAGGGACAUCGGUGCUAGAGUCUGGCCGCGAGACGGAGGUAAUAUAAGGAGCUAUAGUGCUAGAAAAACAACUUUAUUUUCCUAGCACUAUAGUUUCCUUGUAAAAUUUACCCAUUACCUGGAUCUGUAGAAAGUUUGGUCGAGCACAUUGCGUGCUCAACAACAAAUUCCACAACACAAACUAUGCAUACAAGUCAACAGAAGUCCAAAACAUAAAUAUGCAUGCACAUCGACAGGAAUUGUUCCCUGAUUAAUUAUUUGAGUAUUUGUUUUUUGGCAAAGUUUUAAUCUCAUAUCACAUAAAGUCAUACUAUAUAUUGCUUUGUCUUCAACCAAGCAAUUUUUCAUUGUCUGCAAUGUAUAAAGAUGUCUGUACAGGCCACACUUUUCUAUUAAAUGUAGCUAAAUGAACUACAUGCAGAUUACCCAUAGAUGAUCAAGGGGAGAGUAUUUCUUCAGGAAAACCUUUAAUGGAAUUGACUGCUAAUAUGUUCUAAAUAUAAUGCCUUAUCCUUUUGAAUGGUUAGUAUUUUUUGUUGUAAUCAGGCCAAAGACUUUUUUUUUAAAUUUCUUUUUUUUUAUGACUUUUACAUUUUAUUUUGUAUAAACCUAAAAUAUUGUUUUAUGGUGCGUGGUGUUUUUUUUUUGUGUGUGUUUAUAUAUAACCUAUUGUACUAUGAUGUUUUAGAAGAAUGUUUAUAAACUUGUGCAGCGGUUCUUCUAAAUUACAAUUCUCACCAUCAAAUGUGUCUGUGUGACAUGAUUUGUAUUAGACAAAAUCUAUUUAAGCCCACACUGUCAUUCAGAAAGUGGAGAACUGCAAAUCCCAUUAAGCUAGGCUACAGUGAAUGGGUUUGCAGAAUGAAAGUAUUUGUUUAUUUCUAUUAAGGAGUCAUUCCCCCAAACAUAUACACUAUUGGUAGACCGCUUUAUAAUCCAGUGCAGCUGUAAUAAGUGAACAAACUCUGCACAACUCUCCCUGAUUUAAAGGAAAAACCAUAUCUCUUUUAAUCAAACAUCACAAUAUUCAUAUUGGCUUUAAAUAUAUAAAAUGGGGCCUAGGAUGCAGUUUUAGAAAUAACAAAGCAACCUUUUCAGGAGUAUGGGUGAGGAGGAAAUGUGACCCUCUAAUAUUUUAAAUAUGCAAGUUAUUAUCCAUCUCAACACAAAGAUAGAUCCAUAUUCAUAGUUUUACUGUUCUCUGUAACAUUUGUAAUGCUGAUUGCAUUCUGAGAUUCUCUUUCAAUAAAUACUCCAUAUUAAUUGCUAUCUGUAGGGACAUAAAAUUAAAUUUCCAAUUGUGGCCUCACAUCCUAUUUGUGAUUACUUUUACCUGUUUUUUUUUUUUGGGGGGGGGGGUUAGGACUUCAAUCAUAUGCCUGCUUAAGUCUGUGUGAAUCAUGUUCUUAUUUAGGCACACUGCUGGUUGGCAAGCAUAUUAUUGUCUAAUGACCUGAGCUGUCAAUUGACACGUGUCAAAUGACCUUGCUACAUCCCAUGUGUCUACUAGCAGUGUGAAAUUGGGGAAUGCCUUUCUUCUUGGCCGUACAUUAAUGGAACCAUAUAUUCAUUGCACUUCAGCCGCAAAAGCGUCAAUGCCAUUGCGCAUUUGUGCUUUAAAAAAAUUAAAUUAUUGGUCCUUUAAUAAAAAUGACCUUUCCCUGGGAUUCCUGAAUGUUUUUAUAAUUUUAUCAUUCUAAUAUUAGUUGUAUAAGUGAUUCCAGAUUCAGUAUUCUCUGAAUCAAUAUAGCAGAUUUCUAUAAUUCUCCGUCCAUAUCACAGUCUUUGUCUCUAUUCCCCUAUUUUUUUUUUCUUAAGAUAAAUGCAGCAGGGAUUUAAUUCAGGAUUCUUAAAACGUUACAGUUUACAUGCUCUGUAUAAUAAGCUCACAGAAGACUAGUCUAUUUCAGCUAAAAUAGCUGUUUUUCUAUUACAUUGCUCAUAAUGCGUUGCCAGAAUAAUUGCUGGUGAAGAAUUUUGUGAUUUGUUUGGGGUAGAAUGGCUAGUGGUUUAUAGGGACACUGUAGGCACCCAGACCACUUCAGCUCAUUUAAGUUUUCUGGGUCCACUGUCCGUGUCUCUUAACCCUACAGUGGUAAUUAUUGCAGUUUCUUAGAAACUAGAGGGAUUCCUGGAUUGAAACGGACCAUCGGUCCAUUGUCUGAUGCUGGACGUCCUCACUCUCUGCAUGAUGACCUCCAACAUUAGAUUUUUUUUUUCCCUGUAGGAAAGCCUUGAUAAUGCUUUCCUAUGGGGAAAUCCAAAUGCGAUUGCAGCCAUUGCUGUCCAUGUGCAUUAGGUCUCCCCCGCUGGUUGAUGUCUGCCAUGGAGGAGCGUGGCCAGAGCCUGACUGAGCGCCGAGGAACAUCGGCCCUGGAUUCAGUUAAGUGACUGAAGGGACUUUGAGGCGGGGAGGGGCCUAUAGCGUUUUCCUGGAAAUAUAGCAUCCCUUUAAUCUAUUACAGACAGAACCUGCUGCUAGUGAAGGUACCGACUUGCAAAAGCCACUAUUAAGCCUCCUUAUAAAUGUGUCUAGAUUUGCCUCAGCAGUUUUCGAAUAUGAAAAUAAUUGGAAUUAUCUGUCUCAGUUUGAUUAAAUGUCCUGAGAGCUGUGAGUUUGAUUCUGUCUGUACUACAAUGGCAGUUUUACAGCCGAAUAUUUCCUUUUAGUUAAGUAUUGCAGUUUCAUAGUGCUGAUAACUUUGUGUGAACAUUCAAAGUCUAGCAUUUCAUGUGUACAAUAAGUAUCUCCACCAAAGAUAAUCUAAAACUCACCAUAUUAAUGGUUUUGAGAAAUGCAUUUUCUACAUUCUUAUGAACUUAUUAAUAAAAUCCUUUAUCCUGUGAU